AUGGACGUCAACAUCGCCUCUCAGUCAGACAUCAACUCCAUCGCCUCAUGCCAGACGGUUCGCGGCAGCGUGACCAUCAGCGGCUCAGUGAACGGCACGAUCAAUCUGCGCGGGCUUGAAGAGAUCCUGGGCGACCUCACGGCAGACGGGGUGUCGAUUUUUGAUGGCCUGGUAGCGUCGAACCUACAGAAGGUCACGGGGACAGUCAAACUGAAGAACAACGAUAGACUCAACCACAUCACCAUGUCGAAUCUGCAGACCAUCCUUGGGGACCUCGACAUACAGGACAAUCAGAACCUGAAGGAUCUGACCUUCAAUGAUCUGGGUCAGAUCGAAGGCGGACUGACAAUUUCAGGCGAUUUCAACCAAAUCUCGCUGUCCGACCUAGACCGCGUUCAGGGCCCGGCUACAAUCCACAGCACCACAGGAGCAUUUAACUGCUCGAGCCUGGAUAACCUGGAGGGAAAGAAUGUAUUCAAGACCUCAUACUCCUGCACCACCGGCAAGGCCGACAGUUCAUCCGGCAGUGAUGACUCCGGCAGCGGCGGGCUCAGCACCGGCGCGAAAGCCGGAAUCGCCGUGGGGGUGGUCGUCGUCGUCUUGCUCUUCAUCGUUCUCAUCUGGGUGUCUGUGCGCCGUCGCAAACGACAGCAGCGUCGCAAGCGGGAGAGCACAGAAGAGGCAGAGCUAGUGACUGUGACAGCCACACCAGGGAAAGACGAGAAAUCGCCGCCGGACUCAACGCCUUCCCCACGGGACGUGGAUAAAAAUGUCUCUCGGAAACCGCUGUCGCCGGAUUCGCAAGUACGGGUCACCUCCGACCCGAGUUUGUACUCACAGCCUCGUGCGCCGGCGUGGCCUCCCUCUGAGGCGGAGGUGCCGAUGUUGGACAGUGGGACUGUGUUCGAAGUUGGGCCGGGGCAGCCUAGACCUCCGACGCCGAUUUAUGAGCUAGAUGGGGGAGGAAUGAGUAACCAUCAACAGGCGAUUAACCAUAGCUGA